AUGCUGCUGUUCCACUGGUUGCUCUGCCAGUGGAUGUGCACAAUGCUGAGCCUCAGAUCUCAGAUCUGGUGGCUCUACCACCUUUGCCAUCUUUGUCAAGUGGGCCAAGUGGAGAAUCAGCAAGAAUGCCUACCAGUCAAAGAAGAUCCUGCUCCUUUCAAGGGGCAGUACAAUGACUUGGUCCAAUUCUUGGUCCAAUGCAACAUCUAUUUUGAGGUGCACAUGGUCUUGAUGUUCCUUGAUAUGCAGAAGAUCACUUAUGUGACUUCUUUCUUUGAGGAGAAAGCUCAAGAAUUGUCUGAGGGCAUCAGACCCUUUGCUCAUCUGGCAGCUGAGAAGACAAAGGCUGCUGCUGUAAGAUUCUCCAGAUCCAAAUUCACUGGGUCAACAAGUUCAACCAGCAAUACUACUAGUGACAAGAAGACUGCCACUGGUACCACAUGUGAAACAAUCUUGGAGAUAGAGGGGAAAAUGGAGAAAACAGCAGGCUCCACAGAGCUGACAGCUUCUACCUCUAAGAUUGAGGAGGUAAAAGACUCAGCAAGAAAGUAG